GGUGUGGGCGGUGCCACGCUGAAAGAGAUGCGGCUUUUUUUUAUUUAAAUUCAUUUUUUAACACAAAUAUUGUAACUUGUUAACGCUGAAAUUGAUGCAAAUUUAACCUGAUUUAACAGCGAAAUGAUUUAAUUUCAAUUUGUUUAAUUAUUAUUGAAUUUUCCCGGGUGUGUGGGAGGGGUAAAAUGGCGGGUGGAUAUGACGUCAUUGAAUUAUUCCCGCCUUUUGCUCUGAUUGGUCGCUUCCCUCAGCGCGUGGGCGGCGCUUCCGCAUUUCGCUUCCGGUUUGGGCGGAGCCGCAGCUGAGGGCCGCCAUGAGCCUGCAGUGGACGGCGGUGGCCACGUUCCUGUACGCGGAGGUUUUCUUGGUGCUGCUGCUCUGCGUUCCCUUCGUGUCUCCGGCCAGAUGGCAAAAAAUUUUUCGUUCCCGCCUGGUGGGUUUGGCCGUGGCUUAUGGCAACACUUUUUUCAUCGUGCUGAUCAUCAUCCUGGUGCUGCUGCUGCUCGAUGCUCUGAGGGAAACCCGUAAAUACAACGUGGGGGAGAAGGAGGCUCUGAGCUCCACCCCGGCUGCCCUGGAGCAUUUCCACAUGAAACUCUUCCGGGCCCAGAGGAACCUCUACCUGGCUGGCUUCUCCCUGCUGCUCUCCUUCCUCCUGAGGCGUUUGGUGACGCUGAUCUCGGCCCAGGCCGCGCUGGGCGCCUCCAGCCAGGCCUUCCGCAAACAGGCCGAGGGCGCCAGCCAGGCCGCACGGCAGUACCUGGAGGACAACGACGCCCUCAGGAAGCAGCUGCAGGAGUCGGGGGGGGGCCCCUCCCCCACCCGGGACGAGAACGAGACCCUCAAGGCCAAGGUGGAGUCACUGAAGGAGGAGCUGGAGCUCAGCAAGAAAGCCCUGCAGAAAGCUGAGAACGAGGUCCAGGCCAUGCGGCGCCAGGCUCAGGGUCUGACCCGCGAGUACGACCGGCUGCUGGAGCAGCACGCGCGGCUGCAGGCCGCUCACGACGGACCCCGGGACAAGAAGGAGGAGUGAGGAGGGGGCGGGGCCAAGCGAGGCCACGCCCACAAACGGUGAUUAAACCACGCCCACAACCCCAAGCCACGCCCCCUCCUCAAUUCAAACCCCGCCCCCCGGACCAAAGCCCCGCCCACAUUUCCUUUUAUGGGAAACCCCCACCUCCAACGCGGCGUUUUUGGGGAACCCUCCCCCCCCUUUUUUUGGGGUCCAAAUCUCAUUUUUGGGGGUCCAAACCUCGUUUUGGGGAGGCUGAACCCCUCCCCCCUCUUUGUGUCCCCUCUCCCCCUUUUCCCAGAUUUUGGGGUUUUUUUUUGGGGUUGGGGGAUAAUGGGGACCCCUCCCCUCCCCCAUUUUUUUUUUUUUUCCUGCUUCAAUAAAAACACCUCGGGUCGGGUCUUGGUUGGUUUGGGGUUCCAAAAUUCUGUUCUGGGACCCCCAAAAUUCCCCCUUGGGACCCUCAAUAUUCUUCUUGGGACCCCAAAAUUUUCUUCUGGAACCCCAAAAUCUCUCAGAGACCCUCGAGGUUUCACCUUC